GUGGGACAAUUGAAUAGUGUAUGGAAUUCAGGGAAACAUUUUCUCUGAAGCCCAUAUUCAAAAAUCUUUAUAACUUUGCUUAUAAGAAUUUGUAAGUUGGUGAUGAUUCCUUGUAAGCAUUUGUAUAAGCUCUAAUAUUUCCUCAAAAAGAUCUAAUAAUAUGCCAGACUGUAAAUAAUUCCUUAAUAACUUAUAAUCAUGCUAUAACUGUUACUAUUCAUUAUAAUGCCAUGUGGUGUAUGACAUAAUUGUAAUAAUUAUUAUCAAUAAUUAAAACAUUAUACACUUUUAAAAUCUCAGCACGGAGUGCUUGAGGUAACGUGGAUAUGUUCAACUGGAAGGCUAAGGUUUGUGAAGUAACUCUGAUGUUGGCUUGACAGAGCCUGAUAAAUAAUAUCGGAAGUGGUCGCUAUGGUGUUGCUAGCUGGUUGCUAUGGUAUCCCAGGUGGAUGCUGGGCUGUUGUUGGGAGAUUGCUAUGGUAUUCCAUGUGGUUGCUAGGCAGUUGCUAUGAUAUACCUGGUGGUUGCUAUGGUGUUGCUAGGUGGUUUGUAUAAUAUUCCAAGUGGUUGCUUGGGUGUUGCUUCGUGGUAGCUAUGGUAUCCCAGGUGGUUGCUAGGGUGUUGCUAGUUGGUUUUUAUUGUAUUCCAGGUGGUUGCUAGGCAGUUGCUAUGAUAUACCUGGUGGUUGCUAUGGUGUUGCUAGGUGGUUUGUAUAAUAUUCCAAGUGGUUGCUUGGGUGUUGCUUCGUGGUAGCUAUGGUAUCCCAGGUGGUUGCUAGGGUGUUGCUAGUUGGUUUUUAUUGUAUUCCAGGUGGUUGCUAGGGUGUUGCUAGUUGGUUUUUAUUGUAUUCCAGGUGGUUGCUAAGGUGUUGCCAGGUGGUUAUUAUGGUAUCCCUAGUGGUCGCAAAGGUGUUGCAAGCUGGUUACAAGGAUAUUGCAGGUGGUUGCUAUGAUAUUCCUGUUGGAUGUUAUUAUGUUGCUAGUUGGUUGCUAUGGUAGUCCAGGUGGCUGCUAGGGUGUUCCUAGGUGAUUGCUAUGUAAUUCCAUGUGGUUGCUGUGUGUUUGCUAGGAGGUUGCUAUGGAAACUCAGCUGGUUGCUAGCAUGUUAAUUGGUUCCUGCCUAUUCCAUAGAGUUGCUAAGGUGUUAGAAGGUGGAGCAAUGUAUAUUUCUUUCUCUUCAGUAUAUCUGAAUUAACACUGACCAUCAAACCUUUCCCCAUGUGUUCAUGUGUGGGGGGGGGGGAGAUGCAAUUUGGAGCAUUGCUUCAUGGCAACCGUAAUUCCAAUGGUGCCCUGAAAUGGACAGGCGUCCAAUCCGACCUGGAUGAAGCUUCUACUGAAGCUGAAUGAAUGAUGGAACCACGUGGCAUUAUAAUGAAUAUUGACACUUGCAUUACAACGUUAUUAUAAAGUUAUCAAUGAAUUGUUACCAAUGAUCAUUUAUUGCACAUUAUUGGAGCUCUAUGGGGCAUUAUUAGAGUUUAUAAAAAUGCUUACAAGGAAUCAUCACCAACUUGCAAACAAUUAUAAGUGGAGUUAUAAUGAUUUAUGAAUAUAGGCUUCAUAGAAAGUUUUAAACACUGAUAAUAAAAUGGACAAUUUGACAAUUAUGAAUGAUUUAUAUCAGUUUGAGUUUCUUUGUAAUACUUAAACCAUGGCUUGUCAAAGUUUGGGGUUUGGGGUUUUGGGUUUUGGUUUUUGGCCACUUGAAAAUUAAGUCAUUAAGGACACAUGAUAAGGGUUCUUCAGGCUCAAUCAUCUCUUUUACAUGAAUUUGCCUCUCGCACAUACAGGCAGCUAUAGUGUCAAGUGCUGAUGGUCAGUUGUUUAUCCUAUACUGUGAAAAUGCUCUGGUGCUCAGGCAAAUUGACCUUCAGUGGUUGAAUGAUGAUAUACUGAGCUGUAAUUCAAUCCCCUUCAGUCAACAGAAUUUGGAUAAAGAAUUUAAUUAGGACCUUGGAGAAUGUCUCUCUGCGCUCCUAAUUAGAAUAUGGCAGGAAAAAAAAUAGCCGGUAUCAAGUCUCAUAUUCAAAAUUUGAUGCUCCUGUCUGUAGCUAUCUGUUUCCACUAUCUAUUAAACAGUCUAUACAAAAAGGGGGAAGAAAAUAGUUUUACCUAAGACCUGAGUAAAUAAUUAAUUAAGCGCAAUGAUUUUCGCCUGACCGGAGUAUACUAUAUUUGAUAAAUUCAGCAUUAGAAAUUACCAUUCAUGACUAUGCUGUUGAAUUAGUAGUCAGUACUCAGUAAUUUAGUGUGUCAUCACUACAUUGCAGGGAACUCAGUUUUGGUUGUUUACAUUUAUGGCAUUUGGCAGACGCCCUUAUCCAGAGCAACUUACAAUUAUCUCAUUUAUACAACUGAGCAGUUGAGGGUUAAGGGCCUUGCUCAAGGGCCCGGCAGUGCUGGGAUUUGAACUCGUAACCUUCCGAUCAGGAGUCCAAUGUUUUAACCACUGAGCUACCACUUCCCAAUUUUGUAACCAGUGAAAUGGGGUAAUUUUUUGGCAUUUGGCUACAACUGAGUAGUUGAGGGUUCAGAGCCUUGCUCAAGGGCCCAGCAAUGGCAGCUUGGUGGUGCUGGGGAAUGAACUCAUGACCUUCUGAUCAGUAGUCCAACAUCUUAACCACUGCACUACCACUGCUCUUUGGUUGACAGUGAUAUCAGUCCCUUUUCCCUAACAUUGACCUAAUGAAUGUACCAUUUAAACAUACCAGGUAAACACAAUGGUAAGAAACAAAUGGGCUAAUGCAAAUCUAAUGUUUCAGUGACAAUAGCACUUUUGUACAUGCAAAUCCUCACCCAUCAGAAGGUAGAAAAAGGGAAUGGGGGUGUGGGGAAGAAGAGAUAUCUAAAGUGCUUACAGUAUGGGAGAACUCUUGUUUGAGACUCUGCUGUUGGUGUGUUUCUGGAGCUGCUGUUAUGGCACUGGACUCCAGCAUAGAGGAAACAUUACCAUCUAUGGCAUGUUUCCUCUCCAUAAUGUAGGUGCAACCAUCUCGACUGUACCUCAACUGACUGACUGUAACCGGUGAGACUUAUCUAUGCAUACUUUUUUACAGAGGCAAUCUCCUCAUAAUUCAAAGUUGUGUUUAAUUUAAUGAGCUGCUAUGGCUUUUGCAGAGGAACUGCCAACAGCCAUGGCUACUACUUGGUGCAGGCUUUGCGCUAUGCCGUGGAGGAGAUCAACAAUAACAGUCAGCUCCUGCCUGGUAUCACUCUAGGCUACCAGACAUAUGAUACUUGCUCACUUCAAGCUAGUAUUCUGGGCACGGUGACUCUCGUAGCUCAGCAGUAUAACAGAGUGAAAGUGGAGCCUCGAGCUAUUGCCCUCAUCGGACCAGACAGCAGCAGCUACAGCUUCACUCCAGCUGCUGCACUCGGUGGCUUUCUGAUGCCUGAGAUCUCAUAUGAAGCUUCAAAUGAAUUGCUGAGCAACAAACAGCUGUACCCAUCUUUCUUUCGCACCAUCCCCAGUGAUAAAAACCAGGUGAAAGCCAUGCUCGAGAUUCUUGUAAGAUACGACUGGACCUGGAUAGCCCUUCUCGGCAGUGACAAUUCAUAUGGCUUGCAGGGAAUGUUGAGCCUGUCGCAGCAAGCAUCAGAUUUCAAUAUCUGCAUCGCAUAUCAAGCAGUGAUUCCAACCCUCAGAACUGACACACAGCAGCGGAUGCGAAACAUUGUCAAGAAUAUCAUCAAAACCAAAGUGAAUACCAUAGUAGUGUUUUCCAGCAAGAGAAUAGCUAAAGGGUUUUUCUCAUUUGUAAUAGAGCAGAAUGUGACGGGGAAGGUGUGGAUUGGGUCUGAGGACUGGUCAGUGGCAACCUUAGUGUCUGAAAUCCCAGGAAUCAGUACUAUUGGAACUGUCUUGGGUGUGUCCGUAAAAUAUACACCUUUUAACGGGUUCCAAGAUUUUGCGAACCAGGCCAUAACUAAGCUUAGAAACAUCAGUGCUGAAAACGGUUUCAGUGAAAUGAGCGUUCCAUGCUUACAGAAUACAGACCUGUACGAAAUGGCAUCUGCACAAUAUCGUCUGGCGGAAUAUGAUAUUGCCUCUUCGUUUAACGUGUAUCGGGCAGUAUAUGCAGCGGCUCAUGCGUUGCACCAGGCUCUCAAGUGUGAUUCUGAAAAAUGUCAGAACACUGAAAUACAACCAUGGCAGCUCUUCCAAUAUUUAAAACAAGUACGGAUUUCCAUCAGAAACACAACACUAUUUUUUGAUGAGUAUGGAAACCCACCAACAGGAUAUGACAUUGUCACAUGGAUAUGGAUUAAUAAAACAUGGUCCCUCGGAAUGGUGGGAUCAUUUAUUUCAGAGCCCCCUAAUCUUCGGGUGGACGCUUCACAGAUACAGUGGAUGCCUGAGUCACGUUGUUCCCCAGAAUGUCCCUAUGGGCACAGACGACUGCAGAUUGGACAACACAAAUGCUGUUUCAUGUGCAUAGAAUGUUCGGCUUCCACUUUCCUCAACAAAACUGGCUCUACCAGCUGCCAGCCCUGCAACAAAGAUCAAUGGUCUCCAUCUGGGAGUGAGGACUGUCUACCGAGAACAGUUCUGUACCUGCGAUGGGAUGAUCUGUUGGCCAUUGUUCUCCUGGUUCUUCUGGCACUGACGCUGCUGCUCACCCUGGGCACUGCUCUUAUCUUCCUACUCAACUUGAGCACCCCAGUUGUAAAGUCUGCAGGUGGCAGGACAUGUCUGCUAAUGUUGUUGUCUCUGACCAUAGCUGCCUGCAGCUCAUUGUGCCUUUUCAGCACGCCCUCUCGAGCAUCCUGUCUGUUCAAAAAGUCCCUCUUCAUCUUCAGUUUCACCGUCUGCCUGACCUGCAUGACUGUCCGUGCCUUCCAGGUGGUGUGCAUAUUCAAGUGGUCUGCAAAGCUUCCCAAGUUCUACGAUACCUGGGUCAAAAAUCGAGACCCUGAUAUCUUCAUCCUGGUCACCUCUUUGGUUGAGUUCUUCAUCUCUGUUCUCUGUGCAAGCUUAAAUACACCUCUCCCCUCAGCAGACUAUGACUUCUACUUUGACAGCAUUGUAUUAGAGUGCAGUAAAACUAUGUCUGUAGUGCUUCCACAAAUUCUGUAUGUGUCUAUACUGACUGUUAUAUGUUUUUGCUUGAGCUACACGGGUAAAGACCUACCAGCAAAUUACAAUGAGGCCAAGUGCAUUACAUUCAGCUUGAUGAUCUAUAUAAUCUCCUGGAUCACUUUCUUCACCACCUACAGUGUUAAUAGAGGAACUUUAAGUAUGGCCUUGGAGGUGGUUGCCGUAAAUUUUAGUGUUCUUGGCAUACUUGGUGGAUACUUUUUGCCUAAAGUGUACAUCAUUUUAUUACGACCGGAAAGGAAUACCACUGCCCACUUUCAAAAUUGUAUUCAAAUGUAUACCAUGGCAAAACAGUGAAACUCUGGCUGAAACAUGUGACUCAUUGUUAUAUAAAAUCCUACUGUAGUGGUAGCUGGUUCUGAGGUGUUUUUUUUUCCAC